AUGCAGAGAGUCGAGAUGAUACAGUACCUGGUGGAGCUCAGCAAACAAAGGGUCUCGCUUGAAAUGUACGACAGCCACGACCUGAGCUCAGGGAAGACAGCGAACUCCGUCCUUCCCGAACAUCGAUCAUCACGGAGUAUGGAUCAAUUGAAUCUGCUCCCCUUUGAGCAAACUUCAGUGUGUCGGGAAAGCCUCAAGACGUUGAGCUGGAAAGGUGUGUUAAGAAAGAAAUAUGGCUAUCGAUCCUCUGAAGGUAUCCCGUCAGUUAUCAUGUCUCGCGAGCAGAAUUGGUUGCUACUGGUUGGUAGCCCCGAACCUCAAUUCAUUUCUUACGCAGACAAUCAACCUCCGCAGGUGUCAUUUGGCGAUGAAGGCCAUAUCCAGCCUGAAUCUGAGAUAGUCACAUCUCACAAUCCCGGGUCUGAUCAGACGUCUCGCCUUACUCAGUAUUCGCCUGCAUCAGGUUCAUACGAGGGGGACAACCAGAUGUUUGGGACCGUGUUUCCUGUGUAUUCAGAAUAUCUGAAGACUCACAAUCUCACCCACGAGUCCAGUCACUCUAACAUCAACUCUCAGCAUCCGUCUGCCAUAUACCGUGUUCCUCCUCAUUCGACCGGUGGGUCAUCGAGCACGUCAAAUGUCCAGCACUCUUUCCCAUACCUGCCUCUUAGCCAUGAUGUUCCAACCCAAUCAACUUCAUCGACUCUUGGGGCUCGUAGCUAUGAAAAUGAGCUUCAGCAGUACCAACCUGAUACCAUGAUGCCCGUUAACACACGAAUGUCCCAGGGUUUCAGGAGCACGAGCCCUGUGCAUGUCCAACAUUCAACCAAAUGGGUGAUGUUUCUCGGCACCAAGCCCAUCAUCCAUACCAUACUGCCGAGCAAACCAGUGUCUCUAUUGACACCUGUCGUUUUAUUGGAAGGGGAAAUCGACGCUGUGAAGAAGGAGGCUAACAUACAGAUGAAUAGGCUCAUCCUCCAUCAAAUGUUCUUCCCCACCGAUGAUGCAGCUCUCGGAAGGAUGGCCAAACUGGCACUUGACAAGGCUAUCACCAAGUGCUCAAAUGCGGACUUCAGUGGGUGGAAGUUGCUAUGGGAAGGCCAAAACGAAAUCAAGAAGCUCAAGGGCAUAUUAACUAGAAUUUGCAAUGAAAUCAAGGACCUCAUACUUGCCGCAGUAGUAAAUGCUUAUUCUUUGUCCCUUGCAAUUGAGAAGCACGGUCCAGCGCAUCUUUCACCAAGGAUCGCGAAAAUCAAUUUGCUACUCGCAACUAAUGCGUUCCUCCAUGGGCUCAUGACGCUGCUCGGGAAUGAUGGCCUGUCCCACCAAUACAAUAUACCAUUUGGAAAUAGUGUGAUCAUCAACGCGUUAGAAACUAUCUUGUUGGAGAGACAGUACCACCGGUUCAUCUACUACAAUGAUUCCGAAGGGUGGAAAAAAUGCCUCAUGAACUUGAUCACGUUUAUCAGCACAGCUUUUAGGUGGGCCCUAAGACAGUAUCGGACAGGUAGAUUGAGAGCUGCCGAUAUGACUUCAGAUAGCACUACUUUCUAUCACGAAAUCUUGAAGGAGAUGUCCUGA